CAUGCUCCAUAACGCCACGGUCACACUGCUGGCGAAAUCAACACGGAUUUCGCACAUUAUUUUUGUUUUUGUGGAAAAGGAAACACGGCGGCAUGGGCGAUGUGGACAAGUGGAUCGAGACGGUGAAGGAGUGCAAGUACCUGCCGGAGAAUGAGCUGAAGAAUCUCUGCGAGAUGGUGUGCGACAUACUGCUGGAGGAGACAAACAUACUGCCCGUGAGCACGCCAGUCACCGUGUGCGGCGAUAUCCAUGGCCAGUUCUACGACCUGGAGCAGCUGUUCCGGACAGGCGGCCAGGUGCCGGACACAAACUACAUAUUUAUGGGCGACUUUGUGGACCGUGGCUACUACUCGCUGGAAACGUUCACCCGCCUGCUGACCCUCAAGGCGCGCUACCCCAGCCGGAUAACCCUGCUGCGCGGCAACCACGAGACCCGUCAGAUCACCAAGGUCUAUGGCUUCUUUGACGAGUGCUUCAGCAAAUACGGCAAUGCCAAUGGCUGGAAGUACUGCUGCAAGGUCUUUGAUCUGCUCACCAUAGCCGCCAUCAUCGACGAGGAGGUUCUGUGCGUUCACGGCGGCCUCAGCCCCGAGAUCAUCACCCUGGAUCAGAUCCGGACCAUCGAACGGAACGGUGAGAUUCCCUACAAGGGGGCCUUCUGCGAUCUAGUCUGGUCCGAUCCGGAGGAUAUGGAGUACUGGGGCCAGAGUCCACGCGGCGCCGGUUGGCUGUUUGGUCACAAUGUCACCAAGGACUUUAUGACGAUCAAUAACCUGGAUUUGAUCUGUCGGGCCCAUCAGCUGGUCAACGAGGGCAUCAAGUAUAUGUUCGAGGGCAAGCUGGUGACCGUGUGGUCGGCGCCCAACUACUGCUAUCGCUGCGGCAACGUGGCGGCGAUCCUCAGCUUUGAGACGGCGCAGCAGCGGCAGACGAAGAUCUUCAUGGCUGUGCCGGAUGCGGAGCGGGUGAUACCCAAGCAGAACACGACGCCGUACUUCCUCUAAGUCGAUGUGAUUCGAAGCAAACCAAACCAAACCGAUCCGAUCCGCCCACCAUUCUGGGGAGAUUAUAGAUGUACGCUUCUUGGAACCCAAGCGGAGGGCAGCCUUCGAUUCUGGGCCAACUGUCUACCCAAACCGCCUUUAUCGCCGCCUUUACCCCGCCCCCAGACACUCCCAACACGCACACACAACUACAAUAUGCGCUCCUAUUUUUUUAAUGCAAAAACAUAUCUAUUUCGUAAGGUCAAAAGUUAAUCCUAUUAAGUGUAACAAAGAUUCAAGUUUUGUGUUUCUUUUUUUAUUAGAAUUUAAAUUUAAAACAAGUAUUGUAUUUACUGUUUCAAGCAAGCGCCACAUAUAUUUGUAUAUAUGUAUUUUGUAUUCCAAAAAUUUAUUUAUUUCCGUGCGAAAAACAACAAGAAUUGUAUACAUUUUGUAUUAAAUAGCAAGGAAUGCUUUUUGAAGAGCUCGGAGAAGGUGGCACAGCCCUGGAAUAGGAAUAUUAAAAAAAAACCAACUGUGUGAUUCCGAUUAAAACAUUUUGAAAAAUAAACAAGCAAA